CUAGGUAUAUGGUCACAACAUCUUCUUUCUUCUCUUCCAUCAAAAUGAGGUCAUGUUUCACUAUUCUCUUGUUAUUUUCAGCUAUAGUAGCUGUGGCAUUGGCCUCUAAUGAGGAAGAUCAUCAGGUGAUAAGCCAAGUAGUAGAAAUUCACCGUCUAAGGCCACAAACUGGUUCUGCUGGUUAUACCGUCCCACAAUUGGACUGUCUUAGCUGGCGACUCGCGGUGGAGACGAACAACCUCCAAAACUGGAAAUUGGUGCCUAAAGAAUGUACAAACUAUGUAGGUCAUUACAUGUUAGGCAAACAAUAUCGCCACGACUGUGAAUAUGUAGCCAAGCAGGCUAUUGAGUAUGCCAAAAGCCUCAAACUUAGUGGAGAUGGAAUGGACGUUUGGGUAUUUGAUAUUGAUGAAACCACUCUCUCAAAUUCUCCUUACUACGCUCGAUCUGACGUUGCUUUUGGAGCUAUAGCGUACAACGCUACAAAGUUUAAUGAGUGGACCGCGGAGGGAAAAUUGCCAGCCAUUCCAUCGAUACUGGGUCUAUACAAGAUUGUGUUGUCUUUGGGGAUCAAGCCCGUUUUCAUUACAGGGACCAGAGACAAUUUCAAACAAGUGAGGAUUGCUAAUCUCAAGAAAGCUGGUUAUACCAACUGGGCAGCGCUCAUACUAAAGGGAGAAAAUGAUUCGGGAUCAGCAGUGGAAUUUAAAUCGAGAAAGAGAACAGCAUUGGUGAAGGCUGGAUAUAGAAUUGUUGGUAAUAUUGGAGAUCAAUGGAGUGAUCUUAUUGGAAAAAACGUUGGAGCUCGUACUUUUAAACUCCCUGACCCAAUGUACUACAUAGGUUGACUCUAACCAAAUUUUAAUCAACAAAGGUGGGGUACCUUUUUUAUUUUGACAUUUGAGAUAUUAUAAGCUCACUGUUCCUAAUCCUCAUCACUUUGCUAUAAAUAACGACUUCCUUCAAUAUUUUAAUUA